AGAUAUUGAGUGCCUAAAGUACUGUACUUAACCUUAGCUAAAUGCCUUACUAAGGUGGCCUAAUGAUCGAUUGUAGGCUCUUAUGACUUUCAAUUACACAAUUAAUAACAAAAGGCCGCAUCAUUACGCAUACACAAACAGGUUCAAGCUUCAUCAACUGGAAAAUGUUGAAAGACACAGUCGAUUACUCAUUAUAUCUAGUGACGGACUCGACGCCCGCGAUCCUGGGAGAUGCAAAUAUCUGUGAGGUCGUCGAGGCAGCUCUAAAGGGUGGUGUCACUUGUGUCCAAUAUCGGGACAAAACGAGUGAUACAGGUGUGCUCGUCUCGACAGCUCGGGCACUCCAUGCCAUCACUAAGAGGUACAAUGUCCCGCUACUUAUCAACGAUCGUGUAGAUGUAGCACUCGCUGUCGGGUGUGAGGGCGUACACAUUGGACAGGACGACCUUGAUCUACCUACCGCUAGAAAACUCCUAGGAGAGGACGCCAUUAUUGGCGUGACUGCAAGUAAUGCCGCCGAGGUGGAGGCGGCGUCAAAGGGAGGCGCCGACUACCUAGGAAUUGGGACUGUGUUCGCCACACCAACCAAAGGGAACACAAAGAGCAUCAUCGGUAUAGAAGGCCUUCAGGAGCUCCUGCUUAAGAUCAAAACUGAGGAUUGGCUGGUGAAGACAGUAUGCAUCGGCGGCAUCAAUGCGUCCAACGUUUCUCGCGUGAUUUGGCAGAGCAAUGCCUGGGGUAAAUCACUCGACGGGGUCGCCGUCGUGAGCGCCAUCAUGGCGGCGCGGGACCCGGAGGCGACCGCGCGAGAACUCCUCCAGCUUGUCAUGUCCCCGCCGGCAUUCGCAAAGGCCACGGUCACCACCGCGCAGGAGAGAAGGUCGCCCGAGGAAUUCUUGUCCCUCGCAAUAGAUGUCAUCAAGGCCGUCGACGCGAGGAAGCCGUUGUCGCAUAAUAUGACGAACCUCGUCGUGCAGAACUUCGCGGCCAACGUGGCGCUCAGCGUCGGUGCGAGUCCCAUCAUGGCAAACUACGGCGAGGAGGCGAAAGACCUGGCAAAGCUGGGGGGCGCCUUGGUGAUCAACAUGGGUACAGUGACGCCGGAUGGGCUGACGAAUUACCUGAAGGCGCUUAGAGCGUACAACGAUGCUGGGCAACCCGUAAUAUUUGAUCCCGUUGGACGAUCCGCAGCCAAGUCUAUCCUCGGCGGCGGCUACGUCGAUGUGAUCAAGGGCAACCAAUCGGAGAUCUUGUCCCUUGUGCCAGGUGGGCCUGCUAUCCAGCAGCGCGGCGUCGACAGUGGAAGCAGUGGCCAGAGCAUACGGGAACUGGCAUCGGCGAUUAGGGAGCUAGCUCGACGGCAGCGGAACAUUGUGGUGAUGACGGGCAAGAUAGACCUCGUGACGGCCGGGGAGGUGGUGUUUGCAGUGGAGAACGGACACGAGUACCUGGGGAUGGUGACGGGCACGGGGUGCUGCCUUGGCACAACGAUCUCGGCCAUGGUCGCGGCGUACCCGCAUGAUAAGCUGGCCGCGACCAUCGCGGGCUUGGUGUACUACGGCAUUGCGGCGGAAGAGGCGGCGAGGCGGGACGAUGUCAAGGGUCCUGGCACGUUUGUACCGGCGUUUAUUGACGAGCUGUAUCAACUGCGGAAAUCUACAGUGGGGGAAAUGGAUAAGGAAAACUCGAUUUUGUAUCGGAAGGCGAAGGUCUUGUUUGCAUGUGUGUCUUGAGAUAUAUACAUCAUGAUAUUUCUUUAAGGGGGGACUGGUAGUAGUCUGGUACAUACCUGACAUACCUACCUAUGUACCCUGUAUCAGAUCAUUAUGUAAUUAAGUCAUCACGCCAAUUAUUUAGUGUCUCUUUCUCCCCGCUUCGGCAUCUGCUAGUAGUAGUCUAGUACCCCAUCUCCCCCACACGAGCACCUUUCAAUGUUCACCCGCAGUAUAGAACUAACUUAACCUACUACGGUAUAUUACAUACCUAGGGUACCUACUUUCGAUUACUUAUAG